GUCUUUACGUGGACGUUGGGGGAGGAGCUGUCCCGUGCGCGGUGACUGGCGGCGGCACUGGCGGCAGCUGGAGCCGUAAUAGUGCGAGUCGCAGGCUAGGAGAACUUCAGAGGCGGCGGUGGCACUAGCGACGACGAAGACAGCAGUAACAGGCCCUGGGCUUGUCGUUCACCAUGCCGACCGUAGAGGAGCUUUACCGCAACUAUGGCAUCUUAGCCGAUGCCACGGAGCAAGUGGGCCAACAUAAAGAUGCUUAUCAAGUGAUAUUGGAUGGUGUCAAAGGUGGUACCAAGGAAAAAAGAUUAGCAGCUCAAUUUAUUCCAAAAUUCUUUAAGCAUUUUCCAGAAUUGGCUGAUUCUGCUAUCAAUGCACAGUUAGACCUCUGUGAGGAUGAAGACGUAUCAAUUCGACGGCAAGCAAUUAAAGAGCUGCCUCAAUUUGCCACUGGAGAAAAUCUUCCCCGAGUGGCAGAUAUACUAACCCAACUUUUGCAGACAGAUGACUCUGCAGAAUUUAACUUAGUGAACAAUGCCCUAUUAAGUAUAUUUAAGAUGGAUGCAAAAGGGACUUUAGGUGGCUUGUUCAGCCAAAUUCUUCAAGGAGAGGACAUUGUUAGAGAAAGAGCAAUUAAAUUCCUUUCUACAAAACUUAAGACUUUACCGGAUGAAGUCUUAACAAAGGAAGUAGAGGAACUUAUACUAACUGAAUCCAAGAAGGUCCUAGAAGACGUGACUGGUGAGGAAUUUGUCCUGUUUAUGAAGAUACUAUCUGGGUUAAAAAGCUUACAGACAGUGAGUGGAAGGCAACAACUGGUAGAGUUGGUGGCUGAACAGGCUGAUCUGGAACAAACCUUCAACCCCUCGGAUCCUGACUGUGUGGACAGGCUUUUACAGUGCACUCGGCAGGCGGUACCCCUCUUCUCUAAAAAUGUUCAUUCCACAAGGUUUGUGACUUAUUUCUGUGAGCAAGUUCUCCCUAACCUCAGUUCCUUGACUACCCCAGUGGAGGGUCUUGAUAUACAGUUGGAGGUAUUGAAACUGUUGGCUGAAAUGAGUUCAUUUUGUGGUGACAUGGAAAAGCUAGAAACAAAUUUAAGGAAACUGUUUGAUAAGUUAUUGGAGUAUAUGCCUCUCCCUCCAGAAGAAGCGGAAAACGGGGAGAACGCUGGUAAUGAAGAACCCAAGCUGCAGUUCAGUUAUGUGGAAUGUUUGUUGUAUAGCUUUCACCAGUUGGGCCGAAAACUUCCAGAUUUCUUAACAGCCAAGCUGAAUGCAGAAAAGCUCAAAGAUUUCAAAAUAAGGCUGCAGUACUUUGCACGGGGCCUGCAGGUGUAUAUCAGACAACUUCGCUUGGCUCUCCAGGGUAAAACAGGCGAGGCCUUAAAAACAGAAGAGAACAAGAUUAAAGUUGUUGCAUUGAAAAUAACAAAUAAUAUCAAUGUUUUAAUCAAGGAUCUCUUCCACAUUCCUCCUUCUUACAAGAGCACAGUAACAUUAUCCUGGAAACCUGUACAGAAGGUUGAAAUUGGGCAAAAGAGAGCCAAUGAAGAUACAACUUCAGGCUCACCACCCAAGAAAUCUUCAGCAGGACCAAAAAGGGAUGCCAGGCAGAUUUAUAAUCCUCCUAGUGGGAAAUAUAGCAGCAAUUUGGGCAACUUUAAUUAUGAGCAGAGAGGAGCCUUCAGGGGAAGUAGAGGUGGCCGAGGUUGGGGAGCACGAGGAAAUCGUAGUCGGGGAAGACUCUACUGAAUGAGAAGUCACAGUCUUCAGCAUUGUCUUGAGCUUAAUAUACUUAAAUUCUACUACUCUACUCAUUGGAUUGCCGGGGAUGUCCCUUUAAAAAGACUGCUGCCUUCAGCUAAAAACUUAAUGUUCUUUAUACCUUUGUAUGUAUGAUCUACUUUUGUAAUAGACCAUGGUUGUGUCCAAGGUAAAACCACAGCGAUAUUUUUGGAUGCUUUGUCUGCAAUCUUGACUUGUUUUUGCAAUAUCACCGUUAUUCAGACUUCAUAUUGUGAAUCUUUUAAACAUCUUGAUAAUUUGUUAUUGAGAGCUAUUCAAAUCUAAAAUGUAAUAAAAUUCAGUCUAGUUCUGAUAACUGGUAAAGAUCAUCAGUUCUGAAAGGUUACUGACUUUCCUGUCCUCUCUGUCUUGCCCCCAGCCAACAUAUGGAGAAGAGUAAUGGUCAGUCUUAACAUUUUAUUUUCAUUGUUAUUUAAUAAAGCCGCUAGGCAAUGGUGCAGCAUUCCUGGCUUCUGUCAGUAAAGCAAAAUACUUACCAGCUUUCUUAAAAUGUAGAAAUGACAUUACAUUUUUAGGAGGAAGUAAGUUGCUUUGCACUGCUUACUUACUCUUCUCCAUAUGUUGUGAUAUAAAUUUUUGAGUAUGGGAUCUUACUAUUUGCAUAGAAAUGUGUAUGUAUAAUAUACAUACAUACAUGAGCAUAUAUCUGUGUAUGUGUGUGUGUGUGUGUGUAUAUAUAUAUAUAUAUAUAUAUGCAUGCUGCGAAACUUGACUACACAACAUAAGUCAUUUUUUAAAAUUCCAGGAACGGGUAGUCUUUGACACGGUGAUUAUCCUUUUGAGGCUGAAUCCAUUAUUAACUUGUUAUCUAGGUUUUCCUUCCAGUAGUGAGGGCUUUUGAGUCAGUUGCACUUACAUGAUUAUUGUUAUUUAAAACUAAAAAUAAACAAAGGCUGCAUUUUCAAAGAUAAAUUUGGAGAUCCCUGUUGGAGAAAUACAGCCAGAAUAUUGAAUCUGAUGUACAUAUAGGUUUCUACAGGAUGAGAUAGAAUAAUUUAGAAUUUGGGGAUUUGAUAACCAGGGCAGCCCAGAAAAAGUGACUUGGUAACAUGGUAUACCAGUAAGUAAGGGAUGCUGUCUCAGUUUGCUUUUGCCACUUUCAAGAUUUUAACUUCUCAGGUUAUUAAUCAAAAUUAUUGUAUAAGUUAGUCAAUAGAGUCUUUAGGUUAAAACAACAGAUGGGGGGUUUGUGGAGUGUUUAAUGUCAUGGGCAUUUUUAGUAGCAUAGGCCCUUUGCUCUGCAUUUGAAUGUUUCAUAUAUUUUUGUUCCACAGUUAAUCUUCCCUCCCCAAGUUUGCUAUUCAAAUCCAAUUCCUGAGUGACAUUUUCUAGUAGUUUGACCUUUUUUUUGAGGCAUAGUUUGUGAUUCCAAUACAGGUGUCUUCAUUACUGUUACCUCUAUACUGGGGGUAUAGGCAAAACCCCUUUGUUAGAAUUACUGCACAUGUAUAUGGGGAAAAUAUUUUUUGAAGACUAGAAUGAUACAAGUGAGCAAAAGAAGUUGGUCAGCUUGACUAUGGAGUGGUGGCAAUAAUCUCUAAACAUUCCAAAAGACAGUGAGCUGAACCUAAGCUCCCUUGGAAUCUGAGCAGACACAGGAACAUGGAAUUUCCAUUUGAAAACUGUGACCAGGUAGCCUGGACCUCAACGGCAGAUCAGCCAGUGGCCUAAAGCCAUUUCAAGUAUAGAUGCUGUUUUGGGACAGUUAUAUAAAUUUGAACAUUAAGUGUAAUUUUUCCUCUUUUUCUUUUUAAUAUUUGUAAACUCAAAGCUGAGCAGAAGUGACUUUACUUUCUAAAGUUUGAUAUUAAGUUGACUGUGUUCCUUCCUUUACAGCCUCAUUGUUCCCCUUCCCUUUCCUAAGGCAGUAGUGCACAACUUAGGUUAUUUCUGCUUCAAAACUUUGAACGAAAAACUUCAUGCCACGAAUUUUUUUUCUUUUGCAAGACACCUGUAUAUCCCCUUGUUCAAAUGUAAAUGUUCCCUUAUGCUUUUGAAAUAAAUUUCCUUUUGUAAUUUU